UAGAUCUGGCGCUGGAGACAUGGUGACAGUCACUGGAUGAGCUCGGCAGCUUUUCCUCAAGUUUCCUUUGUCGACUUCUCCGCCGGACCGUAGAAGACGCUGAUGGGGAACUCCUAUGCAGGCCAGCUGCGAAGCGCUCGCUUCGAGGAGGUCCUCCAUAACUCCAUUGAGGCCUCUCUGAGGUCGAACACCUUGGUGCCUCGGCCUGUCUUCUCGCAGCUGUACCUCGAGACGGAGCAGUCAUUUGGCCGAGCAGAAAACGAUGAUGAAGACGACGAAGAUGGCUCAGAGUCAAACAGUCCACCAAUACCCUACCAGAUGAAACCACCCCCCGAGGGCUGCUGUACCGCAGAUGGCUUUUGUCAGGCUGGCAAAGACCUGCGUUUGUCCUCGCUGGCGUCGGACACCUUGGAUGUUCCCGCUGGCUUCAUGUUAGUUGGGGUAAAGUCCCCCUCCCUCCCGGACAACCUGCUGGUGUGCGCAGUGGAUCACCGCUUUCUGCCAGACGAACGGGGUCGCAACGCCCUGCUUGGCUUUUCUGGAAACUGUAUGGGGUGUGGAGAGAAAGGUUUCCGCUAUUUCACUGAGUUCUCCAACCACAUUAACCUGAAACUCAGCACGCAGCCGAAGAAACAGAAACACCUGAAGUACCACCUGUACAGAAACAAGCAAGGCAUCCUGGUUAAAGGAGCUCCCAUCUGCUGGAGAGUAAACGAUGGCCGAAUAAGACCGAUAAGGCCCACUCACUCAGAAAGCACCCUAACAUCCCAUGAACAGCCACCAAACAUGGCGCUAACUUACCGAACAGCAGUGGCAGGACCUCAUGUGGACCAACAAACAACAGAUCUGGCUCACACACUGAUCAACGGCAACCACAGUGCUCCCUCCUCUGCUCAGUCGUCUUUAAACCAGCCCGGGAGGUCCUCUGCUCCAGCUACCCAUACAAAUGCUGGACCUCCCAAAAAGAGACACAAAGGAUGGUCCCCUGACCUAUCCGCCAACAGUCUGCAGGAAAGCACUGUGAAGUCUCCACCAGCAUCAUUGUCUUUAUCCACCUUAUCAGUGUCUUCUGUCGUCACCAAUGGCAACAGAUCAGAGAUUCCAUCUCUGCAGAGCUCAUCACAGCCGUCCGCCGCCAUUUUUCCCCCUCUACAGUUGUCUGUCACAGUUCCUGAUCAGCUGCUGCACACCUGCAGACUUCAACCUGUCAUAUUAAAAGGACAUGGUCCUCUUCCUCAGCUGACCGGCAACGUGAGAGACAUCUUGGUCAGUUCUCUGCUCCACAGUUGCUACAUGAGCUCACAAACACUGCCGAGAAUCUACCAGCACUAUGGGCCUUCGCCCAUUCAGCCACUCUCUACGGAGAUGCAGAUUCUGCUCACCAUUUACUACCUGGUUCAGCUCGGCCCUGAGCAGGUGCCCUUGGUUGAGGACCUGGAGCAGAUAUUCAUGAGGUCAUGGAGGGAGUCCCACUUAAGUGAAAUCAGGCAGUUCCAGCAGCCUCAGGCACCAGCUGUCCAAGGAAGACACUAUACUCUUGAGACUCCUGUUUCUUUGCCUGGCCACCUGCAACAGAUCUCUCUGCAGAGCCAACAAACAUUAACCCCUAGUCAGCUUCCCUGGCUGGCCCAGCUUGCUGCAUCUUCUAGUGGGGAGGGUGUGGUGGUGCUGGGGGAGGACGUCAGGUCUUUGGCUCAAGGACUCGAUCAGACAUUCAGCAGAUUGAUUGAAGGAAAGCUUCAAAACACCAACUAUGUGGUCAUCCUUGUCACUACACCAGGGCAUGAAACACAGUCAUGCGUGGUGGUCACAGGUAAGCACCAGUGCCGUGCCUUAUCAGAGAGCAUGUUCUCUCCCAGUGAGGGGCUCAAAGAAAUCAACCUGCAGUUGUCUUCAGGCGUUGCAGAAGAACUCAUCCACUUCUGCAAGUCUCUUGGAUCAGAUGGUGACAUAGAUAAACUUUUGGAGAGCAACCCUGCAAAUAGCAAUGAAGCGUUGCCCCUUUCCAGAAACCAGGAGUGUCCUGAGGAGAACAUGUCUAGCCCGAAAAAAGAACCUAAUUCAAAGGAUUCUCAAACCCAAUCUUCAAAAGAUGAAGUCAGCCCUAAAGAGAGCAAACACUCUUGUUCAGAAUACUCUGCAGAAUGGCGUGAGGUUCGUCCCAUCCAGCUAGCAGUGGCCAGAAAGCUCCUGUCUCACGUUUGCGCCAUCGCAGACUCCAGCACACAGAACCUGGACCUUGGUUCGUUUGACAGGAUCAGCUUCCUCAUCCUAGUACCGCCCUCAGAGGUCACAUUUCAGCAAACUGUUUUCCAUCUCAGGAACUCUGGUGUCCUCCAGGACCUUGUAAGUUCUGAUCAAGAAUGUAUGUCUAAGCUUGAGCCAGAGCAAUAUGUAGUGAAGAUGGAUAGAAAGGCUCAAGCACGGAUUGACAACCUCACCCAGGAAGCACAUAGAAACCCAUACACGCUCUAUAUCCUGGUUCAUGACCACGCUCACUGGGAUAUUAGCAGCUCAUCUUGCAGCAGCCCAGACAGUGGUUUGGGUCUCGUGGAUCUGCUGCUAAAUUCUCAACAGGUGAAAGAUGCGGCCAACAUCCUGAUUCUCCACGUCACUUCAUUCCCGUUUGCUCUGCAGACUCAGUGCACCCGUGUUAGCCCAUACAAUGAGAUCCACUGGCCUCCUGCUUUCAGUAAUGACGUGGACCUGUAUCAUGAAAGGACACGCUAUUUUGGGGUGUCGGAGCUUUUAGAAACGACUCGCUCGGGUGGCUGCUUGCCUCUGCUGCGUUAUGAUUCCUCCUUUGAGAGCAUGUCCUCAGCCCUGGAAGAAAGGUUUCCUAAGCUGCACAGUGCUGUGAUUCGCACCAUGGUUUUGAUCCAGCACUACUGUAUGGCUUUGGUGGCCCUUUCUGGCAGAAUCAGCAGCUCUCACAAUCUCCACAAACACACCUCUGUGGAAACGAUGGAAAUCGUGCAAGCCCUGCUCACCGCCGCACAGCAGUGCCCCUCCCAUCACGGUCACAUGGUCCUGCUGCGGAUCCCCUCCUUAGCGCUGGCAGAGUGGGCCCACCGGCGGCUCUGCAGGGUGAGAAAGCAGCUCGAUCUGGAGAAUUGUUUCGAAAUUAUUCUGGGGAAUCCCAGUCAGACUCUGACCAUCAGACAACAUUUUACCAACCAGAUUAAGACAUGGUUAAAGGACCAGGACUGUGACUGGGUUCCUCAUACCUACUUAGAGUUGGAGGCUCUUCCCUGCAUCUUGAUUCUUUCAGGAGCCGAGCCUCUGGGUGAAUCCCUGCCCAGGUCUCUGAAGUACUGUGACCUCCGAGUGAUCAGCUGCUCCUACCUUCACCGCACCACUCUUGAGCAGGAACUGGGACUGGCAGCCUAUCUGGUGAAGGCAGAGUCUCGACCUCCACACAAACCUGGACCAGGAAGUGAUGUGAUUGAAAGUGAUCCGGAACCGGAAAAACUCAGCAGCACUGACAACGAGGAGGAGGAGGCGCAGGAGAAUGGAGAAACUCUGCUGCAGUCCACCCAGCCAGUCCUUUCCUGCCAAAAGAGUGCAGCUGAGUGUGUCCCUGCACAAAGCACCACCUCUCCAAAUGUCCAGAAGGGGGCGUUUGACACUCUUCCGUUUCUCUCAAAAGCACAGGCUCAGCCCCAGCCCUCAUCUCAGUCCUUCCCGUAUGCUCCGACAGCACCUCAAAACCAAGCUCAGCAGGCACCUGUUUCCCAUCAAAUGCCUCCUAAAUCCACAUCGUCAGACUCUUCAUCCCCGCGGGCCUCCUCUCCCCAUCAGAACUGCUCAUGGGCCCGAGGAGUGGGUCGCCCGCCCUCUGUGCUCCUGCCUCGUGCCCUCUAUGACAUUAUCACAGUCAGUGACAGCAGUGGGCUUCCACGCUGCACCUCAUUCUUGCCUCACAUCUAUGUUGCAUGGGCAAGCAGCUUUAGACCUUUGCUGAGUAAAAUGAUGACCUGUACAGAGCAGUCACUCUAUUAUCGUCAGUGGACAGUCCCUCAAUCCAACCAUAUGGACAGCAGCAACCGAACUGAAGGAAGGAGCGACAACUUUCACCCUCGCAGACUUCUGCUCAGUGGACCCCCUCAGGUGGGUAAGACAGGAGCAUACUUGCACUUCCUGGGGAUUCUGUCUCGAAUGCUGAUCCGGCUUAUGGAGGUGGAUAUUUAUGAUGAAGAAGACAUCAAUAACAGUGUCCAGGCUGAGUGUGUGCAGUUUCACCCACCUAAUGCUCCUUGGCCCAAAAUGGACAUAAUGAAGAGAAUGCCGUUUGACUACAUCAUCCAUGAUGCUAAAUAUGACGACAUCAGUUCCAUAUAUUGCCCUGGAUAUAAACCGGUUGCUGAAAGAAAUCCUUUGCGACAGGAAGAUGUUUACCUACGCAGGCGGACAUCCAGAAUUAAGUUGUCCAAGUAUGCAGCCUACAACACUUACCAUCACUGUGAACAGUGUCAUCAAUACUUAGGCUUCAACCCCAGAUAUCAGAUUUAUGAGUCUACACUGCAUGCUUUCACAUUCACCCAUCUGCUGCUGGGAGAAGACAUCCAACUGUAUUUCAUCAUUCCAAAAUCCAAAGAGCACUACUUCAGUUUCAGCCAACAGGGAGGCCAGCUGGAGAGCAUGAGGCUACCUCUGGCUUCUGAACAGAAUCCAGACUGCAUUAAGACUCCAAUCUUUACCCCGACCACAGGCCGCCAUGAACAUGGUCUCUUCAACUUGUAUCACGCCAUGGACGGAGCCUCACAUCUGCACAUUCUGGUGGUGAAGGAGUAUGAAAUGGCCGUCUACAAGAAGUACUGGCCCAACCACAUUAUGCUGGUCCUGCCCACCAUCUUCAACGGAGCUGGAAUCGGUGCUGCUCAUUUCCUGAUUAAAGAGCUCUCGUAUCACAACCUGGAACUGGAGCGCACUCGGCGUUUGGAGGGAGGAAGUCCAGCAGAUGUGUGGCCCUUCAUCAUCCUUGCAGAUGACUCCUGCGUGAUGUGGAAUGCAGUGGACCUCGAUGCACGGAGUGGACCAGUGGAGCAUGCAGUUUCAUUGAAGCAGGUCCUUCAACACAUGGAGGCCUGUCCGGAACUGGCCCAAUACAGCCUGUGUGGCAUCAGGAAGUGGAGUAGCCGUGGGCUUAAAGGGAGUAAAAGAUGGGAGCCCUUCUUUAGGGGUCACCUUUAUGAUUUCCUUCUCCUCAAUGUUGACCGGAGUCAGAACGUCCAGUAUGACCAGAACCGCUUCACUUGCCAUGACGUAGACUUCACCCUGAGGCUGCACAGUGCUGGCCUCAUUGUCUGCAGAUUCAACAACUUCAGCGUCAUGAAGAAGCAGAUCACUAUAGGAGGAUACAAAACCUUUAUCAUAAAGACCAAGAUGACAGAUGUUCCCACCUCAGUGGGACCUUCACAGUAUAUCUGUGCCCCAGACAGCAAGCAUCUUUUCUUGGCCACACCGGCGCAGCUCCUUUUGGAAAAGUACCUCCAGCACACAAGCCAGAAGUUGUUUCCGCUCAGCAUCAAGAACUACGCAAACCCAGUUCUGUCUGUAGACUGCUACCUCAACCUGGGUCCUGAGGUAACGGUGUGUUUUAUGAGUUCCAGACCUCACUCUGUCAACAUCAGCACCACAGGGUUGCUGUUUAGUGGACUGCUUCUCUGUUUUGCCGAUGCGUUUGUGACAUCUGGCUUCCUCAAGAAGUUCACCUUCCUCAAAGGUGCCACCCUGUGUGUCAUCAGUGCAGACCGGAGCUCGCUGAGGCAGACGGUGGGCAGGCUAGAGCUGGAGGAGGAGUGGAGGUUCAGGCUCAGCGAUGAAUUCCAAACCGCCAACGCCAAAGAGGACCGACCGCUCUUCUUUCUGACUGGCAAACACAUCUGACCGCAACAGGCAUUCAAACUCAGAGUAGCUCAGAGUUUCAUAUCACCAAAGAGAAGGAAUGCACUAAAAUACUUUACCAUAUCACAUGUGGACAAAGCACAGAUGUUUAUUUCUGUAUGCAUUGAUGUUGAAGACAAUAAUCUUGUGUAAAUGAAAGACUAAUUAAUUUUAGUCUUUCAUUUACUGCUUCAUGAUGGCAGCAGAUAAAGCAGAGACUCUGUUGAUCUUCCUUUCUUGCAACCUUCAUUAGUUCUUUUCUGAAGUACAUCAAGGCCAAUCAUAAUUUGCUCUGAUUCAACAUCAGAUUACAAACUAGAGAAAGAGUGGAUACAUUUCGGAGACUAGCUUGGAUCAUUAUUUUACCUUUUUAGAGUUUCUUACUGCACGCCAGUGCUCAUGUCUUUGCAGUUUGUGUAAAAUUUCUGGCAACUUUUUAUAGAAGUUCUUUUCAUUGUCCAGUAAGUUUUUACCAAAAUGUCAAAUGUAUAUUUUUUUUCUUAUUUGUUUAAUGUAAAGAAAAGUACUUAUUCACAAUCUGGCUGGGAAAAAGUUGUUAUGAUCUUUGUAACUGUGCUAGAAACAUGAACCGUCUGUAUUCUGACAGCCUUUUCCUUUGUACAGUUUUUGAUACUGCAGAUUUUAUAAAUGUACAGUUGUUUCAA